AUGGCUGAUGGCCAGAAACAACUACAGACUCUUAGCGAUGACUAUCAAAAACUACAAUUAGAACUACAAGAAGUCGUCGAUGCCCGUGAAAAGUUAGAAGCUCAGAAUCAGGAGAAUAAGAGUGUCCAGAAGGAAUUCGAUACCAUCGAUGAUGAUGCGAACAUCUACAAGCUCAUUGGGCCUAUCUUGCUUAAGCAAGAUAAGAACGAUGCUAUUUUGGCUGUAACGGGGCGGCUGGAUUUCAUCGACAAGGAAAUAAAGCGGAUCGAGAAGCAAAUUGCCGACAUUCAGGAGAAGAGCGAGAAGAAGAAAAUAGAGGUUGUCCAAUUUCAAAAUCAAUUACAACAACAAGCUAGCUCGACAUCUUCCUAG